ACUCUUACCAUUGGCAUUGAAUAAUUGACUUUGACCAAAGAGAAAGGGGAAGGAAGAAAAGUCACACUUUCCUAUCUUCUUCCUUUGCUUUUGCUCCCUUCACCUUACAAAUAAAAACUCCUUCUCAUCUCUUCCCUUUACUCAUUCAUCAUCAUUUCAAUCGAGGUCUUCUCGAUUUUCUUCAACACUCUUACUUCCAACAACAACAACAAAAAAACCAAUAAAAGCUUGUUCAAGUGCUGCGUUACUACUUCAUCUAAACUAUUCUAAAGGAUUUGGAUUAUGUGCAGUGGUUCAAAAAGUAAACUUUCUUCAUCAGAUUACAACAUGGAGGAUAAGCUUCAGAAGGGUAUCCACAACUCCUCAAUCUUGCUUGAAUUGUCUGCAUCUGAUGAUUUUGAUGCUUUCAAAAGAGAAGUAGAUGAGAAGGGUUUGGAUGUGAAUGAAGAAGGCUUUUGGUAUGGUAGAAGAAUCGGAUCGAAGAAGAUGGAAUCCGAAAAGAGGACUCCACUCACUAUUGCUUCCUUGUUUGGAAGCACUAAGGUGCUCAAGUAUAUUGUUUUGACAGGAAAGGUUGAUGUCAACCGAGUUUGUGGCUCCGAUAUGGUCACUGCUCUUCAUUGUGCUGUUGCUGGUGGUUCUGAAUUUUCGCUUGAAGUUGUCAAGCUCUUGCUUGAUGCUGGAGCAGAUGUUGAUUGUCUUGAUGCUAAUGGAAACAAACCGGUCGAUCUGAUUGCGCCUGCUUUUAAUACUUCGUCCAAAUCGCGUAGGAAGGUGUUGGAGAUGUUUUUGAGAGGCGAGGUUAGUGCUGAACUCGUCCAAGGGGAGAUGGAUGCUUCUUUCUCAUUGAAGAAAGAUGGCGGUGAUAAGAAAGAAUAUCCUAUUGAUAUAUCGUUGCCAGACAUAAACAACGGUGUAUAUGGAUCAGAUGACUUUAGGAUGUACAGUUUCAAGGUGAAGCCGUGCUCAAGGGCUUAUUCUCAUGAUUGGACCGAGUGUCCGUUCGUUCAUCCAGGUGAGAACGCAAGGAGAAGAGACCCAAAGAAAUAUCCUUACAGCUGUGUUCCUUGCCCAGAGUUUCGCAAAGGAUCCUGCCAGAAAGGGGAUUCUUGCGAGUAUGCGCACGGUGUUUUUGAGUCAUGGCUACAUCCUGCACAAUACCGAACAAGGCUUUGCAAAGACGAGACUGGCUGCAAUAGGAAAGUUUGCUUCUUUGCUCACAAACCCGAAGAGUUGCGCCCUGUGUAUGCUUCCACCGGAUCAGCUAUGCCUUCACCAAAGUCAUAUUCAGCUAAUGCAAUUGACAUGACAUCGAUGAGUCCGUUGUCUCUUAGCUCCACAUCUUUGCCUAUGUCAACCGUUUCAACACCGCCCAUGUCUCCCUUGGCAGGUUCAUCAUCUCCCAAGAGUGGAAACUUGUGGCAGAACAAAAUAAACCUCACUCCACCAUCAUUGCAGCUACAAGGUAGCCGGUUGAAGAGUGCUUUGAGUGCCAGGGAUAUGGAUCUUGAGAUGGAACUGCUCGGUCUUGACAGUCCUCGUCGUCAACAACAACAGCUUCAACAACAACAAUUGAUUGAAGAGAUUGCUAGAAUCUCUUCCCCUUCUUUCCGGAACAACGAAUUCAACAGAAUUGCUGAUUUGAAUCCAACUAACCUUGAUGACCUAUUAGCAUCUGCUGAUCCUAAUUUACUCUCUCAACUACAUGGACUUUCCAUGCAGCCUUCAACACCCACACAACAGAUGCAAUCUCCAAGUGCGAUGCAGAUGCGCCAAAACAUGAACAUGAACAUGAGCCAAAACAUGAACAUGAACCACCAUCGCGCAAGUUAUCCAUCCAAUAAUAUGCCUUCCUCCCCAGUGAGGAAACCCUCAGCAUAUGGAUUUGAUUCAUCGGCUGCCGUGGCAGCUGCAGUGAUGAAUUCCAGGUCUUCUGCCUUCGCAAAGCAGCGCAGCCAAAGUUUCAUUGACCGCGGUGCUGCUAACCACCAUCUCGGACUGUCUUCGCCUUCCAACACUUCCAGCAGGAUGUCCUCUGGCCUUUCAGAUUGGGGUUCCCCCACCGGAAAACUCGAUUGGGGUGUAAAUGGAGAUGAUCUGAACAAGCUAAGAAAAUCUGCUUCUUUUGGGUUCAGAAAUAACCCGGCAGCACCAACUCCAUCCCAACAUGCUGAGCCUGAUGUCUCUUGGGUUAAUUCAUUGGUUAAGGAUGUUCCCUCCGAGAAUUCCGACAUAUAUGGCGGUGAGAAUAUGCGGCAGCUACAGCAAUAUGAUCUGAGUAGAGAGAUGCUUCCACCAUGGGUGGAACAGAUGUACAUAGAGCAGGAGCAGAUGGUAGCAUGAGUGUGAAAUGCAGCCAUAGCCAAGCUUCUUGGUUUUUCUGACAAAGUUUUUGUUUAUUUUUUAUUUAUUAAUUAAUUUGAACUGUUAUUAUUACUAUCCAACAACAUUUACAAUAUAGUUAGAGUCAAAGAACAAAGUUCAGGUUAAUCAUCUUCCAUUGAUUUGAAGAGUUCCAACUUCUAGAUCAGGAAAGACUUGGAGAAGCAUUCAUGCUGAAUUUUUUAUUGUAUUAUAUAAUUUAUUGCCCUAUUUUCUUUAGUGGGUCAAUGUAUUUUAUUUAGCAAGAGAACAAAGUAUUUGUCAUCGAUUAAUCAGCACAUUUUAUGUUCCUGAUCAUUGCUUAUCCAUCAUUGAAAAAAUAAUAAUAAUGCUUAUCCAUUAUUGUGAAA